GUUACUUGAGUCCCCAUGAAACGCACACAUCGUUACCCCCUUCCUACCUGAGUGUGAUACAACACUUAUAAGUCUAAUACAGGCCAGAAUAAAGCGCUGGGCGCUGGGCGCAGUUUUGGCGCGAACCGAGAGAGACGCUGUUGAUGGAUUAUGGGAUUCCCCCCUCUAUUCCGAUUCAGGGGCCGCCCACUCAGGACAGCCAAGAUGGCGCGCUUGCGUUUUCCCGGCCGUCCUGGUAAAAGAUUCGGCCGAUCUAACGUCAAAUUUGGCCUGGAUGACUUCGAGAAUCUGCGUGAUCAGUCCUUGGACUAUGUUGGAAGCAUCGAACGGGCACUAAAGAGGUUUCGUGACGUGUAUGGCGACUCAGACGAGGAUGAAGGUUUUGAAGGGUUUGAUCCUUCUGAGCUUGAAGUCAGGUCACCUCCAAGGCGAAGUGAGAGGGAACGCGUGCCGUCCAGCCGCCUCAGUGAGUUUGCUCUUGACCGCCAAACUCUUUCCUCGUGGAUUUCGCAGCCUGGGGAUGAAGAUGAAGAUGUAUCAGAUGAAGACACACCUGACUAUUCCCCUCCUACUGAGAGGAGAUUGGCUAAGAACCGAUCUGAGGAGUCCGUUAGGUACAAGGAAGCAGAGGUACCUCGCAGUAAAGAUUCCCACGCGUCAGUUAAGGGCAGAAUUGCUAAACCAAAGCUUCAGACAAUUAAGAUCCGCAUUGGUGCAGAUGGUAAAGCCAUCAAAGUUGUCCGUGGUCGUGGAAGACCGCCCCGGGCAGUUCAUCCACCUAAAGUUCAUAAAUCAUUAGAGAAGGAGGAAGUCCUGAAGCCAGUGAAAAAAUCGGUAGAAUCAAAGUCUGCCAGAAAAGUUGGUAGGCCACAAGCAGUGCCCAUUCCAAGAGGUAAGAAAGAAGCCAAAGCAAAAGACAUUGUAAGGAAAGUUGAAGUAAAGAGAACUGAAAGAAAACCUGGUAGACCACAGAAACCUGUACGUGUCCUGCCAAUGUCAAAGAAAGUAGAUAAGAAUGUUGCCAAGCAGCUUCUACAGAAAGCAAAGAUGGGGAACUUGCGGAGGAAUUUGAGGACUGGUGGGAGUCCACCGACACCACAGUCAAAAGCACCUGGUAAAUUCCAGCUUCCUCCCGUCAGUUCAAGGUCGUCACGAAUCAUCAAGCCAAGGAAACGCUUCAUUGAGGACGAUGAUUUUUACUUCCCAAUGAAGGUGCCCAGAUUAGACCUGACCAUGGCACUAGCUAAGGAUAAUCCACCGGUUGAUCAGGCACAUACAGAGGAAGAUAUGGAAACCAGGACUGCUGGUCGAGCCAGUAAGUUAAAAGCUCAAUCUAUUUGGAAAAAGUCCCUGAGUCCAUCUCAACACAUCACGUCAGCAGACAUGACCCAACAGUCUCGCACUUCUAUCCUGAAACCUGCUCGCUUGAAAUUACCACAUCUGACCAACCAGACAGAUGGAGUGGAUGGCACAAAGUCAGAUGAUUUGGUUCUAGAGCCAGAGGGUGAAGAAAAGCUGGAAAAGUUGAAGUUGAGCAGGAAACCUAAAGAAAACAGAGCUGAACAGUCCAAGAAGGACAGAAGGAACAGAAAGGCUGGCUCACUAGGGGAACCAGAUGCAACUCCCUCUGGCAGUGUUAUUCCCCCACUCCAGGGAGCCGUACAGGGGAGGAAAAGUGGUAUUCUGAGGAGGGCCAAGUUGAAGCUCAGCAAGGCCAUGAAAAUUCAAACUAAGAAGGAACAGCUGAAUAAGCUCCAGACUCAGUGGCAGAGGGACAGUAAGGAUAGCAAGGAGGUGCAGAGUCCCAUCCAGCUCAGGUCCUUCCCUCUGGUACAGCUCAAUGCCAUCCCUGGAGAUGCCUCCCCUACCCUGGGGGCACAGCCAGCACACAAAACAGAUGGAGAACCCCAGAAAAUAGGGAAGCCCAGCCCUCCCCAGCAGGAUGCUACAAAGGUGGAAGGAAACUCCUCAUCAGAGUCAUCAUCUUCAUCUGAUGACGAUGAUGAGGAUGAAUCGACAGAGUCGGCAGAGUCGGAGUCCUUGUCCAGCAGUGUGGACUCCUCCCGGGGGCCGCGGAUCAAACACGUGUGCAGGCGAGCAGCCGUGGCGCUGGGCAAGCCUCUGGCAGUGUUCCCUACCGAUGACAAGAUUCGCCUGAGUGCUCUGCCUCCCAAGGAGAAGAGACGGCUGCUGCACAAGCAGAAAGCUGAAGAGCGCCCAGGAACCCCAGACUCAGAUGAAGUACCAAACAGAGCCAGGACAGAGGAGAAAGCCAAACGUCCCUUAGGCCUUGGAUCUCCCCCAAAGAGUCGACGCAGGCGACGCUGUGGUGCUUGUGAUGGCUGCAAGAGAACUGAAGACUGUGGAAAAUGUCCCAAUUGCAAAGACAAGACCAAGUUUGGUGGUUUCAAUGUCAAGAAGCAGUGCUGCAUCCACAAGAAGUGCCGGAACCCCCAGCCUGCUGGUGAUGAGUCAAUACGACCCAGAAUGGUAGCUGUUAGGAGAGUCAAGGUGCCAUCUAGGAAUUCAACGCCCCCUGUUGACGGGGCAACAAACAACAGGACUAAAGGGCUAUCAGUUAAAAGGGGUAAUGGCAAAGACAACGGCAACUCUAAAGACAAGACAUCUGGCCCCGGGUCCUCAGGAGUGCAGAGACCCAGGCCCAUCAGAGCUGGAGAUGGAAAACAGCCGUUAAAAGUAGACUUUAAAGAAGAAUAUGACGUGGAGAAUGCUUGGGAGGGAGGCAUGGUCAUUUUGGCAUCCACCCCUCUUAUCACUCGAAUUGUCUGCUAUCUGUGUGCCAGUGCUGGACAGCAUGAGUUCCUGUACUGUGCUGUGUGUUGUGAGGCAUUCCACCAGUUCUGUCUGGAGGAGGAGGAGCGCCCCCUGGAUGGGAGGGAGCAGGACUGGUGCUGCAGGAGGUGCCGGUUCUGCACUGUCUGUGGCAGGCAAAAUGGGGUGAUCGCUGAGGGAAGGAGAGCAUUGACUGGUGCCUUGUCUCUGUCCCUGCCACAGCUUUUACAGUGCCACAAGUGCCAUGACAUGUAUCACGGAGAGUGCCUCAGUCCAAACUACCCCACCAGACCAACCAAGAAGAAGAAAAUCUGGAUAUGUCCGAAGUGUGUGCGAUGUAAAAGCUGUGGCCGGACCACCCCAGGCCAGGCAUACAAUGCUCAGUGGACCCAUGAGUUCUCCCUGUGUCAGGACUGUGGGAAGCUGUUUGAUAUGGGCAACUACUGUCCCAUAUGCAAAAAGUGUUACUCUGAUGAUGACUAUGAAUCAAAGAUGAUGCAGUGUGGGAAGUGUGAGAGCUGGGUCCAUGCCAAGUGUGAAAUGCUAACAGAUGAACUGUACGAGGUGCUGUCGUGCAUCCCGGACACGGUGCACUACACCUGCCCCUCCUGCACCCAGACAGAACCCCCUGAGUGGAGACAGGCUGUGCAGAAGGAACUGUACACAGGUUUCCAGCAGGUGCUGGGGACUCUGAUCAGCCACAAGAGUGGGGAACACCUCCUGCAUACCACACAGGAAGAGGCUGCCGAGUCCGAUGUGACACCCGUAGUGACACAAGAGGUACAGACAGCCUCUCCAGAAGCUAUGGAGGUCACAGCUGAGCCUCAGGAUAAAGACAUCAAGACUGAUGAGGAACUGUUGGCUGAAGGAGGGGAUAAGAAGGUGGAAACACCUGAGAAAAAAGAAGACGAUCCCGGAGAUUUGGUAGCUGUCAGGAAACAGGUGGAGGCAAUGGAGUACUCAUCAGUGUCUGUGUUCUGUACAAACCUGGUGAGGAUCAUACAGGGGGCGCUGUCUGCUGCACCUGACAACUCCAUCAUGAAGACCAACACCAACGUUAUCAGGGUGCUGUUCAUUAAGCAAAUGGAGAGGUACUUCCCAUGGUUUGAUGUGCAGGGCUGCCAACUCUGGGAACACAACAAGAAUCUACCAAAGGGCAUGCUGCCCAAUGCUGUGCUUCCACCCUCACUGGAGCAUGACUAUGCUCAGUGGAGGGUGAGACCAGUAGGACUGGACCCCACCCCUCAGCCUUCCCCACUGAAGGUCAUGACUCCCAGGAAACACUCAUCCAGGCAGGAAGGGACAUGUGAUUCAAGUGGAAACACCAGUGUGAUACCCAUGGAGGUGGGAGACCCUGAUGAUACCAGGCAAUGCUGCUUGUGUGCCAGGCAGGGAGAGUGCAAACCCAACGAUGCUGGACGCAUGCUGUAUGCAGGACAGGAUGACUGGGUCCAUGCAAACUGUGCCCUGUGGUCAGCUGAGGUGUAUGAAGAGGCAGACGGCUCCCUGCAGAAUGUUCACACUGCCAUCUCCAGAGGGAGGCAAAUGCGAUGUGAACGAUGUAACAAGUUGGGGGCCACGGUAGGCUGCUGCACCCGAGGCUGUCCUGCCAACUUCCACUUCAUGUGUGCUCGUCUGGAGGACUGUCUCUUCCAGGAGGACAAGAAGGUCUUCUGUAAGGAACACAAGGACAAGGUGGAUGGAGAGCUUGUAAAGGAAGAUAAUUUUGAGGUGCACCGGCGGGUAUGUGUGAACAUGGAUAACAUCAAACUCAAUAGGAAGUGGAUGCGAGGGCUGGAGUCUACCAUCAUUCAAGUCCUGGCAGGAUCCAUGACAGUGGAGAGACUUGGAGAGCUGAAUGAUCUGUCGGACACCAAAGAUGCACUGCUCCCUGUCGGCUUUGUGUAGGUUAUAUUCAUACGUGA